ACGUGAUAUUGCAGCCCCAGUCCUAAGCAGGGUGAGCGAGCAGAGCGGUUUCUAUCUCUCCUCCAUACUUACUCAGUAUUCAAACAUCCGUCCGCUAAGGAUUUUUUUGGACUACUUGCUGCCUCGUCUUGAUAGGCUAAUAUAUCUGGAGAAAAGACACGAAGGGACCCAUCGACGAUCCAUAGGGGUAUACCUUCACGGUAAUUUGGUAGAUUUUUGUCCCCCCAAUUAUUCUACUAUUCCUCUAUUGGGCUGUCGCGAGUUGUUUCGCUUCUCACUGGGUCCGUUUUGAUGGAAAAAAGCGACGCGGAGGAGAUGAUCCAGACGGGAGUCUAACGCAUUUUUUUUUGUCCAUUGACGAUCAUCUUGUUGCAUUGGACUUCUAUUGUGGGCUAUGGGAAGUAUCGAUUCGCACGGAGACAGCACAUUUUGCUCUUCAUAAAGGAUGUGGUCAAGUAUUUUGGAAAAAUAGCCAUAGCUUCCGGAGUGUAAGGCCAAAUGACAUAGGAUGAAGGCUAUUCGUAACCAGUUGAUUUAUAUAUUUUCCACCUAUCUCCUGGUUAUGUUUGGAUUAACUGGUGCACAAGACUACUGGUGUUCCACUUUGGUCAAGGGGGUCAUAUAUGGAUCUUACUCAGUGACUGAGAUGUUUCCCAAGAACUACACGAACUGCACAUGGACGUUGGAGAACCCUGACCCUACCAAAUACAGCAUCUACCUUAAACUAUACAAACGAGACUUGAGCUGCUCCGAGUUCUCUUUGCUUGCUUAUCAAUUCGAUCACUACUCGCACGAGAAGAUCAAUGAAUUGCUGAAAAACAACGAGUCUAUAGUGUACCUGUGUGAUUCCAAGAAUAUGUAUAUAUUUUUGCAGUAUGACAAGAAUUUCGUGCAGCUACGGAGGGUUUUCCCUUACGAUUAUAACGGGUUGCAGAAGACGGACGAAGACGAGACGUCUGUGGUGGAAUUCUUGGUCUUGAACAAGGCGAGCCCCAGUCAAUUUGGAUGUCAGGUGCUGUGCACGUGGCUGGAAAACUGCCUGAAAUCGGAGAAAGGAACUGUGGAAUCAUGUGGAAUAGUGUAUACGAAAUGCACCUGUCCCCAGCACCUAGGCGACGGAGAAUCAGAAAGUAUGCUUUUGCUUAACAACGUGGUUUUGCCUUUAAAUCCCCAAACGGAGGGAUGCCUGACUCCACAAAUCCGUGCUGGGCAGGUGUGCAACAUCAGUGCAGAGGUUAAACGACCAGCAAAGGAGGGUGAGUAACCAGCCCCAAACAUGCUGUAUGUCUAACAUACUGCCGUUAUACUACAGUUCAAUGAGCAUUGUUUGUAUGUAUGCAUAUAUAGAUGAGCCAGCUGGGAGUUUGAGUCAACCUAGCUCUGGUCCAGGGUGUUCGUGCUUAUUCUUCUACUAACCAAACAUCCCUUGGUAGUGGAACGGACAAUAACAACUUGGGCCAGAGCUAGAGUCAACUGUGCACGUCAAUAGCCUCUUUUAACCCCUCUCUACCCCCCUACCUGUAUAGUGCAUGUCUGUCUACAGAGUUGGGUUGUGGGCCGUGAAACAAAAAACACACACAGCUGACCUCACAAUGCAAUGCAUCCCUAGACCAAAGCUACAAGAGGAGCGGGUGUUGUACAUGAGCUACGCCUGGUCCAUAUUCCUCCACAGCCCAGCCCACCAUCAUGUAUGCUGCUCAUCUCUAAUAUACAAUUAUAUUGCAAUUAUUGGUUGAUAAUGACCAGUGGUUUUCAGGCGUUGGUGAUGUGUAUCAUCACCAAUGACUAUGGUAGUGUUGUCUCAUUCCCAGGACCAUGGAGAGAGGAGCUGUGAUGGUGUAGCAACUACAUAUUUACACUGAAGGAAAUAAGAGAGCCAUCCAUAAAUAUCUAGUCUUUUAACACCAUUGUAGAUGACAUCUCUCAUUAGGAUAGAACUACAGCAACACUGAAGCACUCAAAACCAAUCCAACGUUCGGCUUAGCAGUUGUUCAUUAAAAUGAGUCUGUUUAGUGUUUACAGACCUCCACAAUACUUAUUAAAGGGAUGCUUGGAAUAUGCCUUUAAAUUAGAACAGGAGAUAGACUACGGAGUCAACGCAUAGUCUUGACACAACAGAAUACUAUAGUCUAGAAUAGUGAAUACUGGGAUACUGGAUAUAUUCUAUAAUAUUCUAUAAUACUGGUCUUUAGUACAGAACACUGGAUAUAUUCUAGAAUAUUCUAUAAUACUGGUCUAUAGUACAGAACACUGGAAUACUGGAUAUAUUCUAGAAUAUUCUAUAAUACUGGUCUAUAGUACAGAACACUGGAACACUGGAUAUAUUCUAUAAUAUUCUAUAAUACUGGUCUAUAGUACAGAACACUGGAAUACUGGAUAUAUUCUAGAAUAUUCUAGAAUACUGGUCUAUAGUACAGAACACUGGAAUACUGGAUAUAUUCUAGAAUAUUCUAGAAUACUGGUCUAUAGUACAGAACACUGGAAUACUGGAUAUAUUCUAGAUCAUUCCAGCAUACUGAUCUAGAAUACAUAACACUGCAUCAGAAACUCCCAAACAUGGAAAUCAGAAUGAAUAGAAUGGGCUUGGAAGCUCUAACCCUGGCAAUUGACUUGUAAACUCAUGGGCACACUCACAAUGGCUGCCUGGUAUUAUGAUGCAAUCAUUUCCAUGGUCUUUUGGAAUGUUCUAUCAACUGAUGCUGGAUUUCCAUGGUAAUGUAGAAUGUUCAUUCAAACGAUGUUAAAUGAUGUGGCUCAUGUAAUGGAAUGCAUUUUUUGUAAUGUCAGUUGAGUUGACUCAACAAAUCACAGUACAGAAUGAAGGUUACACUUCCUGCUUUUACAUCCUGGCAUGGGCACACUCAAACAUCCACCAAUUAUGUCACCAUUGACUUGAAUGGAGUCACCCUUUCUAUUCAUUGUUAUUUCUAUGCUCCCAAAGCCAUUCUCUCAGAUUCUAGUCUGUUCUUGGUCCUGUUUAUACAGUAUACGGUGUUAGACUUUCAACAUUACUCCAAAAAUAUUGCACACCCGCCUGUGCUUGACUAGGCCUUUGUUUUGGAAUAUAGCUAACGUAAUACCAAGCUCUCUUCCCUUGCUUUGUAAAUGAUGAAUAAUCUCUCCCCCAGAUGCCUGGGUUGCAGAUGACCAGAUUUCUUCAGCUUUUCAUUUAUUGUCAAGGGUUAGACAGAAAACUCAGAAGUGGUAUUUCUUUACUGUUCUUUCUCCCACAACCACACAGUAUCUAUCUGCAUCGGCCUGUCACCAUUUCAGCUUACGCUGGCAAGUGUGACAAAUGCCCUUAAUUGCUUCCGGAGGAUUCCAUCCCUUUUCUUCAAAUACCCCAUGAAACUGUCACCAUGUAGUGAAAUCCCACACACUCACUGUUUGCUAGUUUAUUCUACGUCGUAUUAGUAACUCACACUGAGACACACAGAAACACAGAUAGAGACAGAAUAAAG